AUGGGAUGGCACGAGCGGCUUGUCUACUAUCGUGAUUUUGCAUACAGCACCCCGCGGCUGCGAAUGGCGAACGGCAACAUUGGCCACGUGCCCGCGCAAACCUUUGCUGAGUAUGUAGACGACCCUUUCCUUGACGGUGACGGCGACGGCGACGGCGGCGCGCCGGGCGAGGCGUUAUCUGACGUGGACGCCCACGAAGCGCCUCGCGCGCGCUGUCUCACGGUGCGGCCGGCGCUGUCGCAUCGGCUCUACUCGCACCGGCUGCAUGUGCGCGCAAAGGCUAAACUGCACCGCGACAGACUGCUCUCCGGGCCCAUGGUCGACAUCUACGUGGGCGAGGCGCGCCGCCGCUGGACGCUGCACCGCACUCUGCUCUGCCACCACUCGGAGCAGCUCGAGGCCGAGCUCGAGGGCAGCGGGCCGGCCGACCGCAAGGACGCGCUGGAGCUGCCCGAACACGAUCCCGCCGGCUUCGAGCUGCUCGUCAAGUGGCUGUAUCAGGGCACGCUCGACGACGUGGCCGAUCUCCCCGACGCGACGCAGCAGUACGAGUACGCGGUCCGCUGCCACGGCCUCUACCUGCUGUGCGAGCGCCUCGACAUGGCACCGCUGAAGAAUGUGGCCAUGGACCAGUUCCGCCGGGGACUCAACGAGUCGCGGCUGGUCCCUGACGCCGACGAGCUUGACGACCUGUACCGCAAGAGCCCGCCCGGCUCGCCCUUUCGCCGCCUGCUGGUCCAGAUCGCCGCCCGCCAGAUUAUGGACCCCGACAGCGACCACCCCGCGGACGCGUACCGCCGCUGCUUCGCCGGCAGCCCCGACUUCGCCGUCGAGCUGGUCCACGCCAUCCGCCAGGGCACCGGCGGCAUGCUGCUCGCCGACCCGACCGAGAGGGGCAGCGAGUGCGAGUACCACGACCACGACGACAGGCCGCACUGCAACGUCACUACCAACAUCAAGGCCAGGGCCAGGGCUAAGGCCACGGCCAAGCACGGCCAAAGCCCGCGCCGACCGCUCCUGCGCCAGGUCAGCAGCACCCUCCACAAGCUGCGGCCCGCCGAGCCCCCCUCUCCACCCGCCUCGCCCGCAGUCAGCCCACCCGCCUCGCCCCGGAAGCUCCGGCGCCGCUCCUCUACUCCGUCGCCUCACAAGCCCGGCGACGUCGACCGCGGGGACCUCGGCGGACACGGCCGUCGCGAGUCGUCCUCCCAGCCCGGAGGCCACCAAGGACUGGGACAGGCUCAAGAGGGCCAUCACACCGGAGGCGCCAAAGCCACCUCCAGCCCUCGACGAGCCCCGCCGAAGCUCAGAAGGCGGCCCCGGCGCGAGGGCAGGGCGGAGACAACUGGAUCGGCGCAUCAGUCACCGCCGCGGCGAGGGAUAUGGGAGUGGGCGCGCGCAGGCACAGGGCGGCUGAACAUGAUUGGCAGGCUGCCGCACCCAGAGUGGAAGAGCCCUGGGUCAGCACCUCAAGCAGCAGGCUUGGCGGUCAACGGCGCGCAACAAAACGGAAAGACGACACAGUCACACGAUGACUUUGACAUUCCAUCGCCAACCGCGACUGAGCCAGACAACAUCGAGAGACAGGACACGGUCGCGGCUGCCAAGAUCCAAGGCCUGGGCAUUACACCCUUUGCCACGCUGACGCCGCCCACCGACUUCUCGCAGACGGCGGGCUCAUCAGACGACCUGAUCGCCAAUGCCUCGGAAACCACCGGCUCACCGUCGCCCUUGCUCAUGAAGCACGGGUCGUGGACGAACGGGACGGACGGGGACGACGACACCACGCCGACGGCGUCGAAGCCCGCCUCCCCCACCACGCCAGACACACCGACCCCACCUCAGCAGCGCAGAUGUGACUCGAUCAUCGACAUGGCGAAGACACGAGAAAUAACAAGAGACACAGUCUCAAGAACAUUGCAGAACAACAUCGCAGCACUCACGCCAGGGUCUGCCUCCUCUACACACGCAGACUCGAGCAACCCAAAGACACCCAAAGAGCCUGAAGCAAACGCGAAUGAAACACCCUCAUCUGCACCGGCAAAGGCCAACGGCAGCGCAAACUCUAGCCAGCGCCGCAUCCCUACGUACAAGAUUGCACUCGUGCCCAGCCUUCUUUCGCCCAAAAUGAGGAACGCUUCGAGGAGCGCCUCUGCCGCCCACUAG